AUGACUACCAACUCUGGCAUACGUCGCCCAAAAAAAUUUAAAGGUCCACUAGAGUAUAUCUUUGUCGAUUUCGGCACCGGAGGUCUUCGCAUGGCCUGUAGUAUCGAAGGCGAUGAAGAUUGCAGAGAAAUCGGAAACUAUCCUGGAGCGCAAGCAGGUACCCCAUCUCUUGUUUCUCAAGCGCCAACAAACAUUAUAUACAAACCCAAUGGCGAUGAACCAGCCGAACCCGUAGCAUUUGGUUACGUUAAACCACACCGUCGUCAACAACUUUUAUCCAAAGUGAAGAUUGCCCUUCUACCAGAUCCCGAAAGCUAUGGUUAUGCCAAUGCUGCUCUAGUUAAUGCAGCGAAUGAUCUCCACCUGAGAUCUGUGCAGCAGAUCCCAGAAGACUUCUUGAGGUUCGCCAUCGAGCAUGCGAUCAAGGAAUGCGGUGGGCAGCAGCCUACAAAAGGCUGGGUAUUUUCAGUGCCUCAGUAUUACAAGAUUAAGGAAGUGCAGAACUUUCGAGCAUUGAUUAAAAGAGCAGGUUGUCUUGACAAUAUAUAUAUCCAUGGUGAAAGCGAUUGUGUUGCUUAUGCAAAUCUGCCAACAAUCGAGGAUAUCAUCAGCGAUGCUAAAGAGAGUGUCUUUAAGAAAAAGCAGAACUAUACCAUCGCAGUUGGGAUUUUUGAUCUUGGAGCUGGUACAACUGAUAUAACCACCUCCGAGAUCUGUUUCAAAUAUGAUGGAGGACCACCUGCGAUCAACGAAUUGAGUGCCCCUUUAGGCUUUGCGAUUGGAGGGGAUUCAUUUGAUGAACGAUUCAUUAAUCUCUUGCGUGCCAAACUCGGAAUCAAUAUGACUCCAGAUGAAGAGCAGGCCUUCUUUAACCCGUUUGUGAAUCAUUUCCAUCUACAAUCAAAGCCACAAUGGACAACAGAUUUUGAGGAUGAAGUAUAUCCAUUCAGUGUACCGUAUGACAAAGAUCAAUUUGUAUUAACAAAGGAGGAUAUGACUUGUAUUAUGGAACCACCGAUUGAUGAAACUUGCCGACGCAUCGGCGAGCAUCUUGCUCAAAUAAUUAGACCUUUGGACCUUGUCGUAAUCUCGGGAGGGAAUUCCGAGGUGCCUGGUAUGGUAAAUAACUUGUGCGCUAUGCUUAAAGGAAAGAAUAUCAUCGACGAUGAUCAAAAAGUAAUUCAUUUGGUGGGACAGUCAUUGAACGCGGUAGUUCACGGUCUGCAUUACUGGAUCAAUCAUCCUCAACUAGUCAGAGGUCGAUAUGCUCGCAUGACUCUGGCUCGAGUGAUCAAACAUCAUCGUACAGAGCUUAACCGCCAUAUCAAAGUGCCUGCUGAGGAUGCAAAAUUACCCAAAUUGUAUAAUUGUGCUGAAAGGAUCAUGACUGAGGGAAUCCUUGUUCCAGAUGGCAUUCAGACUGUUGAUAUCUACUUUGAUAUUGAUAUAAAUGCCAAAAAUUUGGACCUACUUCCUAUCGAUAUAUGCAUUCCAAAUAAAGAUGCCGAAACUUACACUUCUAAAACCUGUCUCUGGAAUUUUGCAUCCGAGUGUAGGACUAUAGGUGCUCUUCAUCUAGAAUCAACAAUAACGAAUAUCGAUAUUGGUGCACUUAAAAAAGUUGCUAGAAAAAGGUUGCGUCGACUCUGGCUUCGUUUAAGUAUCGAAGUUGAUAUUGAUAUCAACGUUGUAGUAUCCUGGAGACCCGACGGACUCAAGCUUAAAGAAGACACGGAGUUCUGUUCAACCAAAUUAACUUUGGAAAGUGUGAAUCUAUCUGGCCAAAGAUUAGUGGAUGAGUUUCGCGCUCCAAUACAGCAACGAGAGAGCUUUAAUUCAAAUAUUACCAACGAUACCUUGAGGAAUUAUCUCCAGACGUUAAAGACUCCCUCAAAGAAUCUAUCUUCGACAAGUAUUCCUUUUCAAUCAAACGAGAAAAUGGAAAACGGGUUUUUUGGAAGUUGUGACCAAAAGGGUGUUUAUAGACCAGCAAUUGUAUUUAACCUAGAAUCUACUGACCACGUUCGAGCAGCCGUUACUACCCUUGACUCAUUGAUCCGUCUUGAGGACCAAACCUUCCGAAUUACAAACCUCGAAGAACAAUUAAGUACUGUCAACAAUAACUUCAACCAAGUACAAGCCGAGUUGAACGAGGCUCACACAGAAAACAGCACUCUGAAUUCUGUUUUCACCAACGUCCGACAACAACUCUCAGACGCCCCAGAGAUAAACUUAGCCCUGGCCCGUCAACCACAAAGAAGCAUGAAUACUACCACCCACGCAAAAAUCCCUGAUCCGGAAAAGUUCACCGGCAGUCAGGGACGUUAUGCUUCUUUAGAACCUGUUGAAUGUAGUCUCGGAGUUGGAAAGUAG